GGGCGCUGGAGCCGAGCGCGGCGGGCGGAGGAGCCGGUCCCGGAGCCAUGGCCCUGCCGGCCGCGCGCGCCGACUACCUGGCGCCCUGGUGGGCCGCCUGGCUGCACCGCUUCCCGCACGUGAGCCUGCGGCUGCAGCCCGUGCCCAGCGCCUUCCGCCCGCAGCAGCCCGACUACCAGCAGUCCCUGCUGUUCCUGGGCCUGGUGGCUGCCGUCUGCCUCGGCCUCAACCUGCUCUUCCUCACCAUCUACCUGAUCUGCCUGUGCGGCUGCAAACGAGGCGAGGAGUCGGAGACCAAACGGCCCAACUCCUGCUGCGUCACCUGGACGGCUGUCGUGGCUGGCCUCGUCUGCUGUGCUGCAGUCGGCAUCGGCUUCUAUGGGAACAGCGAGACCAACGAUGGGGUGUACCAGCUGAUCUAUGCCAUCGACAACGCCAACCACACCCUCUCCGGGAUUGACACACUGGUCUCGGGCACCACGGUGCAGAUGAAGGUGGGGCUGGAGCAGCACCUGGCUCGGCUGAACGAGAUCUUCGCCAUGCGGGGCGACUACGUGCAGACCCUGAAGUUCCUGCAGCAAAUGGCUGGCAACAUCGUCCGGCAGCUCUCAGGGCUGCCGGUCUGGCAGGACGUGAGCGGUGACCUGACUGCUGUGGCCGGCCAGGUGGGCUACGUGGAGUAUUACAGGUGGCUCUCCUACCUCCUGCUCUUCAUCCUGGACUUGAUCAUCUGCCUCAUCGCCUGCUUGGGGCUGGCCAAGCGUUCCAGGUGCCUCCUCACCAUGAUGUUGUGCUGCGGGCUGGUGACGCUCAUCCUCAGCUGGGCCUCCCUGGCUGUGGACACCUCUGCGGCUGUGGGCACCAGUGACUUCUGCGUCGCCCCGGACAAGUUCAUCAUGAACCUAACUCGGGGCGAUCUCCGUGCAGAAGUGGUUCACUACUACCUGUACUGCAGCCAGAACCUGAGCAACCCCUUCCAGCAGGCCCUGACCAUCUACCAGCGCUCGCUCACCACCAUGCAGAUUCAGAUCCAGGGCCUGCUGCAGUUUGCGGUGCCCCUCUUCCCCACGGCCGAGAAAGACCUGCUCGGAAUCCAGCAGCUGCUGAACUCCUCCGAGACCAGCCUGCACCAGCUGACGGCCAUGCUGGACUGCCGGGGCCUGCACAAGGAUUACCUGGACGGGCUGAUGGGCAUCUGCUACGAUGGGGUGGAGGGCUUGCUCUAUCUGGCGUUGUUCUCCCUGCUGGCCGCCACGUCCUUCUCCACGCUCAUCUGUGCCAUGCCGCGGGCCUGGAAGCACUUUGCCGACAGGGAUCGGGAUUACGACGACAUUGAUGAGGAAGAUCCUUUCAACCCGCAGGCCCGUCGCAUCGCCACCCACACCCCCCCCCGCGCACAGCUCCGCAGCUUCUGCAGUUACAGCAGCAGUCUGGGCAGCCAGACCAGCCUGCACCCGCCGGCACAGACCAUCUCCAAUGCCCCAGUGUCUGAGUACAUGAACCAAGCUGCACUCUUUGGUGGAAACCCGCGCUAUGAAAAUGUCCCGUUGAUUGGAAGAGGCUCUCCUCCCCCUACGUACUCUCCCAGCAUGCGAGCCACGUAUCUUUCUGUCAACGAUGAGCAUAUAAGACCUUACCGCAACGAAUUCCCAGCCUAAUGCGUGCUCUCCCUGAGCAACUUACAAGAGAUGAAAACAUGAACAGCGUUUCUGCAAUGGAAACCAAAGGCAACUGGAAAGUGCAUGAAACAAAAAGGCCUCUUGCUGGAGAAGAGAACGGACAGGAGCCAACAGGAGAGAUCUGGAGCUGGUUCUGGCUGAAGGACAAAUUGCAGGUCAAAAGCUGAUGGUUGCUGGAAGCCCAGAGCAUGUUCCAUGUGCUCUGCAGAUCCCUCCUGUAUCAUCUGGCAGCUUUUGCUCACAUUUAGUCUUCCUCUCUGAAGUGCACGUGAGAUGGUGCCCACAGCCUCUAUUCUCCAAACUAACUUCCCUCAUGCCCUUUGCUUGAAACAUGGUUUCCCUCUCUCCAUCCAUCCCCAGCGUGGAGAAGGGAUUCCAGCUGGCUUGUGAUACAACAGGCUAGGUGCUGCCACCUCUCUGCCUCCCCCGCCUGGGGGGCUGGAUGCGGCUCUCUGCCAUUUCCAGCAUGACAGCCGAUGCCAAUUUGAAGAUGGAAGCAGCUUUGUGCAUAGGGGUGGGUUCUUCUUUGAUUCCUAUUUGUACCAACUUGGGGUUAUUUUAAGUCAUUGGAGGGCCUUUGGAGGGCUUCCUUUUAUAACUAGUGAGGUGUGAAUAACAAGACCAGUACACUGUCCAGAUACACAGAACACAGGCACAUCCACUGUUCAGUAUCGCGCACAACCACCUUGCAAAGUGGGGAGAUGCUCCUCACUCCUGCAGCAAUGCAAUACCAACCACUAGUGAUUCCAGCUUUCUUUUGAGAGUCCCAGCGGGUGGGCUUUUCACCCUGGCGCCCUGUGACGGCAUCCUCCCCACACUGUCUGUAGCACCUGUUUGGUAUGUACGGUACCAGACCAACACACGCUUCCCCUCACCUGUCUUGCAGUCCCUUUGCUACUGGAAUAAGCCAGGAUGGUCUCAGGUAUUAGAGAGUUCACAAUAAGUAGAAUAAUUUGUCCUUGUAUUAUUUUUUGCUGGUAUCUUCUUUCCACCAGUGGUUUUAUCGACUAUCCAAAGAACAGACAUACACAGCACACUUUUUGCCUUUUUUAGAAGGGUUUUUUGGUUUUGCAUGGGUUUUUAUAUAAAAAUCUUUUGCAGGUCUUGUAACUUUUUUUGGCACUGAUUUUUGUUCCUAGGGGCUGGCUAAGAAAAAAACAAUUAUUUUUUAGAAAAUAUUUUAAUCCAAACCCGAGAUAAUUUUAAGACUCGUGUGAGAGGCUGCAUCUCCUUUUCUCCUGCCACUCAGCGUGGAGGAUGGCAGCCACUUUUGUCCCAUCGUGUGGUGGGAACUGGCAGCUCCUCGAUUCUGUCCCCACAGCCAUUGAAAUGGUGUUAGCAGCAAGCGGUAGGUGGCACUUCUUUUAAUUCUGAGCAGUGUGGACGUUGCUGAGCUACAUAGUACUAUAGACUAAACCCAACAGAGGGUUCUCAAGGAAACUCCCCUGUUCACACUGAUUAGGAAACCCUAUUAGCUACAAUAGUCUUCUAACACAUCUGUUGCCAACACUAUUUCCUCUUAUACUGUAGACAGGACCUCAGUUACCUCCUCUCCCUUCCAUAAUCAAAGAAAGUACACGUUCACCCUUUGCCAUCCUCCUCCCGUCUCCUUUGGGACAGGAGAGAAUACCUAGUCAGCAGUGGUGGGUGAGAACUGAUUUCUGGAUUCAGAGGAUUAAAAGACCCAGAUGGAAAGAGAGAGAUUUUCUACCCACUUGAUCCUUCUGGGUCCAUCCUCUUACCAUGGUUAAAUACAGCUCUAGCAUAAGCAUUUUAGCUCCAUUUGAAAUCAGUGAGGUUGCAUCUGCUUGCACCAGAACUGAAUUUGAACCAUGGUUCCUCCUAAAUUGUGGAGCUGCACCCCUUACAAGACUACGCUCUCAAACAGGGAGAAAAGCCAGCCUGCAGCCAUGACCUCAGAACAGAGCAAUUGGUCCAGGGUUUGUUCUACCCAAGCACAAAAAAACCAGAGAAACUCAACCCUGGAUCAUGCCGGGUUGGUUGGAUGGCAUUGGCCCAGCCUGCCCUGCUGACGCUGAGCUAUCCUUCCACACCCAUUUUUGCUCUUCUUAGCCUAACACUGUGGUUGCGAUGCUAAAACUGAACAGGCUCCUCCUUUUCCUUCUCAACUGUGCGGAGCGGCCCUCCCAGGCAUGCAGACACCUCGUGGAGGUUGCAUUGCCUGUGUCUUUUAAAUAUAACUGUACAUAUCACGCACCAUAACAUUGUUUGUACGUCCAUGUUACACGUGACUAGCGCUAGGGUAUGGUUGAAAAUCUUCAUUUUUUGCUUUUAAUGUUUCAGUGUAACAGUACUGAUAGAAGAGCUGUUUUUAAACGCAUGUGAAUUAACCUCAUUCUGGGCUCCUUGGAGGAACUCGGAGUCCUGCUUGAUUUGUAUGUACCCUCCAGGAAGGAGACAAUAAAAACUUGGACUAAA